AUGGCCGGGGCCCCAGAGUGGAAAAGGGCAGAGCCUAAUCCAAGAGAUCUCGGGUCUGGCAGGAAUGGCAGGGGCGGCAUACGUGGGAGAGGCAGGGGCUGGAGAGCUUCCUCCAGCCACCUGGAGCCUAGGGCCUCCGGGCCCCAAGAACCACCUCUCUGCUUUAAAUUAAAGAGCAGUAUGAUCGGUGUGGUGAUUGGUCACGGCGGGUCAAAGAUAAAAGAGAUCCAAGGUAUGACAAAGACCAAAAUACAGAUCAUAACAGGUGAUUCUGAAGCAGAGGUAAAAAUUUUUGGCCCCAAGGACAAGAAAGCAAAGGCCAAAGCAGCUAUAGAAAGUCUUGUUAAAAAACAAGAAGAAAGGUACAAUUCAGAAUCCCGUGUUGAUAAUGCUGAAUCCCAAUCCUCUGUUGAAAGAGACUUCAGCGCAGACAACGUUAGAGAACUUCGGCCGUUGAUAGAUUGGGAUCACGUUAAGGCAGAAGUUGUGGAGUGGGAGAAAAGGAAAUGGGCAGAUUUACCACCAAUUAAGAAAAACUUUUACAUAGAAUCCCAAGCAACAAGCUCACUGUCUCAAGAACAGGUAGACAGUUGGAGAAAGGAAAAUUUCAAUAUAGUAUGUGAUGACUUGAAGGGUGGUGAAAAACGUUCAAUCCCCAAACCGAUUCGUGAAUUCCAAGACCCUUUUCAGCACUAUCCUGAAGUGAUGAAAAACCUAGCAAAAGCAGGAUUUCAAAAGCCAACGCCAAUUCAAUCACAGGCGUGGCCAAUUGUUUUACAAGGAAUAGAUCUUAUAGGAGUCGCACAAACUGGAACAGGCAAAACAUUGUCUUACUUAUUACCUGGGUUUAUUCAUCUCAAUUCUCAACCAAUAUCUAGAGAACAAAGGAAUGGACCUGGCAUGCUAGUCCUGACACCGACUAGAGAAUUAGCUCUUCAGGUGGAAGCUGAAUGUUCUAAGUAUUCAUAUAAGGGUCUUAAAACUGUUUGUAUCUAUGGUGGUGGAAAUAGAGAAAGACAAAUAAAAGAGAUUGCCAAAGGUGUAGACGUCAUUAUUGCAACUCCUGGACGACUGAAUGACCUGCAAAUGAAUCAAUUCGUCAAUCUAAGAAGCAUAACAUACGUAGUCUUAGAUGAGGCUGAUAAAAUGCUGGAUUUGGGGUUCGAAUGUCAGAUAAUGAAGAUCUUAUUAGAUGUGCGCCCAGACCGGCAGACUGUUAUGACAAGUGCAACUUGGCCAGAAACCAUUCGUCACCUUGCACAAUCUUAUUUGAAAGAGCCUAUGAUUGUUUACGUUGGUACUCUGGAUCUAGCUGCUGUAAAUACAGUGAAGCAAAAUAUAAUUGUUACCACAGAAGAAGAAAAACGUUCUCUUCUACAAGAAUUCCUACAGAGCAUGCUGCCCAAAGACAAAGUCGUCGUGUUUGUCAGCAGAAAAAUUGUUGCUGAUGACUUAUCCAGUGAUUUAAGCAUCCAAGGCAUACCUGUACAAUCACUGCAUGGCAACAGAGAACAGAGUGAUCGUGAGCAAGCAUUAGGAGACUUUAAAAGUGGACGUGUGAAAAUAUUGAUUGCUACUGAUUUAGCAUCCCGAGGUCUCGAUGUUGAUGAUGUCACACACAUAUAUAAUUAUGACUUCCCACGGAAUAUUGAAGAAUAUGUACACAGAGUAGGGCGUACUGGAAGAGCGGGGAAGACCGGCAUAUCUAUUACCCUUGUGACUCAAAAUGAUCGGAAGAUUGCCCCGGAAUUAAUUGAAAUUCUGGAAAGAGCCAAUCAAAGUGUCCCAGAAGAUCUUGUAACAAUGAUUGAACAACAGAAGUUAGGCAAACAAGAAAAGUACACAAGAAAAAAUUCCAAAACCUCUCAAGGAAGACCCAAGUAG